AUGGGUAGGGUGGAAAAGAUAUAUGUAACAGUUCUUCCCAUGACCACCGACGAAUAUGCCGUGGGUCAUUUCCAUACCGUUACCUCAAUGACAGAAUCGGAAAAUGCAGGAGGCCUGAGGGUAGAGAUGAUAAAAGCAGAAAGCGUUGUUCACGAAACGCUUGGAAAGGCCAACAAGACACACAAGAUAAUGUAUUUGAAGCCAAGAUUCCCACGGGUGCUUCAUAGCCUCAUCCCGGAAGAUGCAUGCAUAGUUGAGGAAAUCUCAUACAAUGCCCAUACGAAGUGCCAUACGUUCUACAAGAACAGAUAUUUCUCGAACGACACGUUUAACAUGGUGUUCAACACGAUCAAUAGAGACGGAGCAGAAGUGCUGGAGAACCCAUUUGAGCACGAUCCAAGCCACGUUAGAAGUAUAGAGAAGAUUAACCUAGAUCUCCACGGGCCUCCUGUGGACCCUGCAUUCGACCCCUCUGUUUACUACCAUGAGGAGAGUGGAAGAGGGAGGCUCGAUGAAAACUGGAUAGAGAGGUAUAAAGAGGAGGGGAUGCCGAUGAUGGUGUCUUACAAGCACCUGACUGUCGAAGUAAACAACUACAUGAUGGGAUGGAUUUCGGCAGAGAUAGAGAAAGUCAUGAGGGGUAUCAUAACAUCUGUCCAGCAAAGGAUAUUCUGCACAAUGGACAAGUGGCAUGGAAAGAGCAUCGAUGGAAUCCAAAAAGAGGGCGAAAGUCAAAAGGAUAGAAAUUUUAUUAAAUAA